UAUAUCUGUCUAUUGUUUUGUUUAAUUCUCUUUAUUUAUUGCAUUAGUAGGGUCACUUCCCCCUGAAAACACCUCUACUCUUCUCCUCCUUCUUCCUCUCUCUCUCUAAACAUAGGAAACAAACUAAGAAACUUCUCAACUCCUCUACCGCCCGGGAAUGGACAGCCCAAUAAUCAUUCCGGAGGCCCAAACCUUGACUCCCAGCAAUAGCGUAAGGAGAAGAGGAAUCAGCUUCGAUUCAAACUCACCCGACUUCGAGUUCUGGAUGGUCCGAAACCCCUCUUUUCCGGAGCCCAAUCUCUUAUCGGCUGACGAGCUUAUCGUAGAUGGCUUUCUACUCCCUCUUCACCUUCUUUCCCACCAACACAAAGAUCCACCUUCUGAAUCCGAACCCCAUCUUCCCCAACCAGAACCAGCUCCUCCUCCUCCUCCGAAACCCGAACCCGAAUCCGGACCCGGACCCGGACCCAAGAUUUCUUCCGCCGAAUCGGCUGUUCCUUUGAGCGCGUCGAAGCGGUGGAGAGAUAUUUUUAAGAAAAGCACCAAAAGUGAAUCAGAAGAUAGUAAUAUUAAUAAUAAUAAUAAUAAUAGUAAUAAGGAUAAAGAUAGUAAAGAUUGUAAUAAGGAAAAGAAGAAGGAGCGGAAGACCGGAACCGGAACGAGUUCCGCCGCCGAGUUGAACAUCAAUAUAUGGCCUUUCUCCCGGAGUAGAUCCGCCGGUAAUGCUUAUACCCGACCCAAGACAAUGUUUGGAGCUCCCGGUUCACGCAAGGUAAAUAGCGCACCCUGUUCCCGGAGCAACUCCGCCGGCGAGUCAAAGUCCAGAAAAUGGCCGAGCAGUCCAAGUCGUGCCGGAGUUCAUUUGGGCCGGAGCAGCCCAGUUUGGCAAGUUAGGCGUGGUGGUGGAGCCGGAGCCGGAACUCCUGGCGGUGGUAUUGGUAGAACCGUUGAGCCUUUGGUACGGAAUGGGGAAAAGGGAGCGAAAAAAGAAGUAUCCGAAAUUCGCCGGAGUAAAGGCGUAGCAGCUUCCUCCGAUGCCGGUGCUGGUGGUGCUACGAAAGCUAAAGUGUUGAAUAUUAAUGUUCCGAUGUGUAUUGGGUAUAGAAAUCAUUUGAGUUGUAGAAGUAAUGAGAAUAGUGCUUUGAUGAGUGUUGGCACUAGUGAUGGUGCUGUCACCGGCAGUGAAGGUGGCGGUAUCAACGGAAGAAAUAGAAGCAGUGGCCAAGUCGGCGGCGGAGGUGGUGGCCGCGGUGGCGGUGUUAGUAGUGUCGGAAACGGUGGAAAUCUUUUUAAUCUCCGGAGUCUUUUCACUAAGAAGGUGUAUUAAGUUAACCCUUAAUUAAUUAGCUACUUAUCUUAUAUUGUUAAUCUCCCAUUAAAACAUAUAAUAUAAAUUACUAUUUUAAUUUUUUAUAUUCAAAGCUUAAGGGAAAAAAAGGUUCGAUUUUUGAAGGACUAUAUUCUUCUUCUUAUUUAUUUAUUUUUUAAGAAAAAAAGAAAAGUUUAUCAUAUGUACCUGUAAUUAUAGUAACGGUGGGAUUUGCUAAUAUAACUUGUUAUAAAUAAUAUUAAUUUGUUUAUGUAUUA